AUGGCUCACCCUGUGAGUCUUCACUGGUUAAGACGGACGGAUGACGUAGCACUUCACCGGGACGCUAUCAAUUCCGUGGUUUCAGUGCAAUCGAGUGAAUCGCAGCCUCAAGACGAGCUGUUGCUGUCAGAGAGUCGCGCUGGUGCUACGGCUUCGACGUUGGGAACGUCAUCAAAGCCUUCGUUAGCUGAAGUUUCAACCGGAAUUAAGCCGCAAACCAAUAUACAACGUGACUCACUUCGCUUACCUGAAACAGAGCGAGAGUAUGAAAAGAGAUCGCGUUCGAGCCAGUGGGCGAAUGGAGACCUGAGUUUUCCCGAGAGAGAAUGCCCGACUGUGGAAGUGAAACCUCGUUUCAGGCGAAGAAUCAUUUUUGGUGAGAGAAGGCAGUACGCGUUCUUUCAGGAUGCUUUGUUUCCAGCUCUGUCUGACGCACCAGAGACGAGAGGUGCUAUGGCCGAUUCGCCCUCCGCGGACACUCCAAAACCCGCCUCCCUUGAAAGCUGUUCAGAAAGGGGAAACGGAGCCGCUUUGCACAAGACGAGAGACUCGUGCGACGUCGUUCCUGCGUUUCGGGAAAGCAUUUGUUUGGGAGCUGAUGCGAACAGACUGAGCGCCGUAUCCGGAGACUCUCUCAAGCUCGAAGAUGAUUCGAACCAGAAGCAUUUUUCACUGGAUAGCUCCCUAGGCCCGAACUCAAGGGCUGCCUUAUCUGAUGAAAUUAGCUUCCCAGGGGCACGGACGCAUAGCUCAGAAGCGCUGCAGUUGGAGCUGAACAAAAGCGCCGAGAAUGCGGAGUGCUCAACGAUCUACGUCUAUCUUUACCCCGAUGGUUAUUCAUUUUCAGAAACAGGGUACCCUAGGUUCAGUUUCGAUGGAAACUCUGAUCGAAUACUCUUUUGCUUAGAUCAGGGUGUCCUGCCCUCUAGUUUUGAAUUUCGCGCUCCGAAACGGGCUGACAGCAUCAAUAACGUUCGUGACGCGGUCAUACUGGAUUAUACGCGGCCGAAGCCAAAGAAAUUCCACAUUACUUUGAGGCCUGACUAUUUGAAUAUAUGCCUCGCAAUUGCAGAAAGUCCAUACGCUCGGGAACUAAGACAAGCAGAUAGAGUGCUGCAGUUGGAAGCAGAGCUACUUAAGCUUUUGCACGUUUUGGAUGACUUGGAGCCUCGACUUGACCAUCAAACGCUGUCGUCUCAUACAGAAUCCGCGCAGGUUCUUAACUUUGCUAGAACUGCAAGGCAGCAUGUGGAGGUUACAUUCACUAGAUCACUUCCGCUUUUGCGGCUGUUUCUGACGAAACGUAUGAACAGAAAUCGUCGAUCCAGAGGAAAAGCAAACAUCGAUCUUGCAUCACAGAUGCUGCUUCUCGUGGCUGGCAACGAAAACCUUAACCGUUAUCGUCGUACGCGAAUGCGCAGCGUCACCGGUCUUCCAAGGCAGACUUCUUCCCUAGAGCUGAAGACGCCGGCAGACAUUGCGGGCGCCCAACCUCUUCGAAGACCUAGUUUCUCAAACGUCAUCGGGCGUUUGCUUCGGCAGCUUCGUUUCGUGUUGCAUCGAGCGAGUGCAACCACGAUCCAGCCAAAGUCCAACGAAGCCCCAGCUGUGACGAAUGCGGACGAACCCUCUGGACAGUUGGAUACCCCUACUGCGUCUGAUCGAAACGCCCGACCUGCAUCGAGAUCGGGCGAACCAAGAAUUGUAUGUCUACUCGAUAUCAUCGUCCGACCGCAACGCGGAUGCGAAUGUGUCAUCCGCAGAGGUCAGGAAAAGAAUCGAGAUUUGGACAUUCUACGCAUCCCCGUUGGAUCGGAAAGAAACGCUCACAUUUUUGCGAACCAGUUUCGGCGCCUCAUGCGUGGGGAAGGUUUCGUAUGCGAGCAGGACUUGACGCUUCCGAGCGAGAACAGGGUCACAGGGGAAGAUAACGCUUCGGAGACGCCAGCGGCGGACGCUAGUGCUUUGCGGUUAACGAACGAGUAA